AUGGCACUUAUAGAGUUCUAUGAUGACCAACGAGGUAAUAGGUACAGAUGUGGGGGUUUCCUGGUACGGGACAACUUCGUGAUGACAGCAGCUCACUGCCUUGGCAGUAAUAUGACUGUCACGCUCGGAGCUCACAACAUCAAAAAGAGGGAAAAAACCUGGCAGCUCAUCCCUGUGCUCAGAGCCUUACCCCACCCGGACUUCAGUGCUAAGAAAUUUAUCAAUGACAUCAUGCUGUUGAAGCUGAAAAACAAGGCCCAACUCAACAGCAAUGUACAGACAAUUGCCCUGCCGCAAGAGCAGGACCAGGUGAAGCCGGGGCAGGUGUGCAGCGUGGCAGGCUGGGGGAAAAUGGCUGAUGGCAAAUUUCCAGACACACUUCAGGAGGUGGAUCUGGAAGUGCAGGAUAAGCGAAAGUGCAGGAAUCUUCUCUCGCGAAAAUACAACAACUCCAUCCAGCUCUGUGUGGGAAAUCCUAAGUACAAGAAAGCCACUGGACGUGGGGACUCAGGGGGACCUUUAGUGUGUGACAGUGUGGCCCAGGGCAUCGUCAGCUAUGCUUACAAGCAGCCUCCCCGAAUCUUCACCAAGAUCUCCAGCUUCCUGCCCUGGAUCCACAACACAAUGAAACAUGUGGCAUAG